UCGUCUAAAAUGUAUAUAAAAUAAUCCAGCAGCUUCAAUAAUCUCCCAAGCUUUAGUGUGAUCUUAUAUCCAGACCAAGAUCCGUUAGUUAAAGACUUUUCUUCAAGCGAACCAUUUGAGCGUGGCUUUAAAAACCAGAAAACCAGAAUUAUGUGCGACUACCAGAAAGAAUACUCCUUUGUUUUCGAGGACAGCUCCUGCGAGGGCGACGUCUCGAUGACCGCCCACGACAAUGGAUUCGAGAGCCUGUGGCAUCAGGUAGGCGAGGAGCUGCGUCGCGAGCGGGAGAUGAACGAGCUCGGCCAGCUUUUCCAGCAAAAGCUGACCCUGAGCCCGCCGCCCUACACGGAUCAGUGGAUGUUUUGAGAGGAAGACAUCCCCACAGAAGCCCGAAUUGUGAUAUUUGUAUAAAUAAUUUAUUGUUAAUAAGCUAAGCCAGGUCAUUCGGCCUUCGUAACAGCAUUUCUGAGAGAUGCUUGCACUUGUUGUAUUAUCAGUCCCCAAAAAAGGUUUUUGUAUACCCCUGUUCGAGCUAAAGUUUUAUAUUUUCCGUGUUUAUCCAACGUUUCCAUUUGUGAAAAUUCCGCGUCAUUAAUUUGUUUAUUUUUUAUCAAGCCAAGUCCCAGGUAAAAACAAUUGGCAAUCAUUUGCCGUCGAUAUCGUCUAAUAUUUGUAUUCCAAAGAGUCAGCAUAGGCUGAAAGAUCGCAUAAUGUAUACAAAAACAAAGAAAGGGAUUAUCGUAUCUGUUUUAGAUCCUUAACAAGAACGACUCAAAUAUAUAUGAGCUAUAAUACUGCAA